UAAAAAUUGUAGUAUUAAAUACGAUCAAUGUCAAAAUAAAUAGAAAUAGAAAUUGCGAUAAAAUUGAAUCAAAUAUAAAUUUAAAUAAAAUAUGUGUUCCCAAAAGACAAGAAACUCAUUCGAAUAGUUUACCGAACGCAUUGUAAGAUUUAGAACUGACUUUACCAGAAAAUUUUGCCAAUGACAUUUAAUUCCUCGUAAUAAACAUGGCUGCGCUGAAGGAGGUUGUUUCUUUAUACCAAAAUUUAAAACAAGAGUGGACAAAAACACCUUGUAAUUUAAUAAAAUGUGGCAAAUUACUUAAUCAAUUAAAGGUGGGUCUCACGCAUUUAAUGUUCCUACCUACAUCCAAUAGUACAGCAAGUCAGAAUGAAUUGCUUAUAGCGAGAGAUAUAUUAGAAAUUGGUGCUCAGUGGAGUAUAGCAGCAGAAGAUAUACCUUCUUUUGAAAGAUAUAUGGCCCAAUUAAAAUGUUAUUAUUUUGAUUAUAAAUCAGGAUUACUUGAAUCUGCUUACAAAUAUCAACUUUUGGGCCUAAAUUUGUUAUUCCUAUUAUCUCAAAAUCGUGUAGCAGAAUUUCACACGGAAUUAGAACUCCUGCCUUCCGAUCAAAUACAAUCGAAUCCUUAUAUUCGACAUCCAUUAAGUUUAGAACAAUAUUUGAUGGAAGGUUCAUAUAACAAAAUAUUUUUAGCCAAAGGCAAUGUACCAGCUGCAUGUUAUAACUUCUUCAUUGAUAUAUUAUUAAAUACUGUUCGUGAUGAAAUUGGAGCAUGUAUGGAAAGCGCAUUUGACAAGAUUUCUAUUAAUGAUGCUUCUAGAAUGCUUAAUUUAUCUACCGAGAAAGAUAUGAAAGCCUUUGCUACCAAGAAAAAUUGGAAUUUAGCUAAGGAUGGAUACUUUUACUUUAACACAACGCAUGAAAAGAAAGCAGAAGAACCAAUACCAAGUGCAGACCUAGCUACACUAGCUAUAGAUUAUGCUAGAGAACUUGAGAUGAUUGUUUAAUAAAUUUAUAUAUUUUUCUGUAUUUUAAUUAAAUAAAUAAAAAAUAGUAUAUAAGAAACUA